AGGACCAAAAAGGUAACCAUAUCAGGAUUACUGCCUGUGCCACGCGACAGUGAGAGUAGGAAUGGAGCGAGGUGGAGGAUAAAUGCGUGGCUGAAAGACUGGUGCAGAGGGCAGGGAUUCAAGUUCCUGGAUCAUUGGGACUUCUUUUGGGGAAGGUGGGACCUGUACAGUAAGGAUGGGUUGCACUUGAACCCGAGGGGGACCAAUAUCCUAGCGGGGAAAUUUGCAAAGGCAGCUGGGGAGACUUUAAACUAGAAUGGUUGGGGCGAGGGACUCAAAUAGCGAAAGGUAGUAGACAGAAUGGGAGGCAGGAAGCAGAAAUGGGAAGCACUCGGACACAAGAGGAGAAAGAAAAAAAAGGAAAUAAACAGAGAAUAAGAGACGGGGGUUUUCUUAAAUGUGCAUAUUUUAAUGCUAGGAGCAUUGUAAGAAAGGUUGAUGAGCUUAGAGUCUGGAUAGACACCUGGAAGUAUGAUGUUGUGGCGAUCAGUGAAACGUGGUUGCAGGAGGGCUGUGAUUGGAAACUAAAUAUUCCAGGAUUUCGCUGCUUCAGGUGUGAUAGAAUUGGAGGGGCAAGAGGUGGAGGUGUUGCAUUGCUAGUCAGGGAAGAUAUUACAGCAGUGCUUUGGCAGGAUAGAUUGGAGGGCUCAUCUAGAGAGGCUAUUUGGGUGGAAUUGAGAAGUGGGAAAGGUGUAGCAACUCUUAUAGGGGUGUAUUAUAGACCGCCAAACGGGGAACGAGAAUUGGAAGAGCAAAUAUGUAAGGAGAUAGCAGAUAUUAGUAGUAAACACAAGGUAGUGAUUGUGGGAGAUUUCAACUUUCCACACAUAGACUGGGAAACACAUUCUGUAAAUGGGCUGGAUGGGUUGGAGUUUGUAAAAUGUGUGCAGGAUAGUUUUUUGCAGCAAUACAUAGAGGUACCUACUAGAGGAGGGGCAGUGCUGGACCUCCUGUUAGGGAAUGAGAUGGGACAGGUGGCGGAGGUAUGCGUUGGGGAGCACUUCGGGUCCAGUGAUCACAAUACCAUUAGUUUCAAGAUAAUUAUGGAGAGGGUCAGAACUGGACCUAGGGUUGAGAUUUUUGAUUGGAGAAAGGCUAACUUUGAUGCGAUGCGAGAUGAUUUAAAAGGAGUGAACUGGGACAUUUUGUUUUAUGGGAAAGAUGUAGAAGAGAAAUGGAGGACAUUUAAAGGGGAAAUUUUAAGAGUACAGAAUCUUUAUGUUCCUGUUCGGUUGAAAGGAAACAGUAAAAAUUGGAAAGAGCCCUGGUUUUCAAGGGAAAUUGGACAUCUUGUUCUGAAAAAGAGGGAGAUCUACAAUACUUAUAGGCAGCAUGAAGUAAAUGAGGUGCUUGAGGAGUAUAAGGAAUGUAAAAAGAAUCUUAAGAAAGAAAUUAGAAAAGCUAAAAGAAGAUAUGAGGUUGCUUUGGCAAUCUCCAGGUCCUGACAGUAUAUUCCCUAGGACAUUGAGGGAAGUUAGUGUAGAAAUAGCCGGGGCUAUGACAGAAAUAUUUCAAAUGUCAUUAGAAACGGGAAUAGUCCCCGAGGAUUGGCGUACUGCGCAUGUUG